UCGGUACAGAUGUAGUAGUGUUCUCCCAGCAACAAACAUGAACAAGGUUAUUUGCGCUGGAGUACCCAAGACGGGUACCACAUCGUUAGCACAGGCGUUACGAAUCCUAGGGUAUAAAACGUAUGACCACAGKGAACAAAUGAYGUKKUUCCYARAUGAGUGGGAUGACAUGUUUACGAAUGGAAAAAAGCCUGACUUUCAUGUCAUGUUCAAAGAUGUYGAUGCYGUUACAGAYRYYCCAGCAUCUAUCGUUUUUGAAGAUAUUUACGAUUGUUUCCCCGAUGCUAAAGUGAUUCUAACGGUUCGUGACAACGAACAAGUAUGGGCUAAAAGCUUCAGUGAGCACUUAAAUUUGUUUACGUCAUGGUGGUUUGCGAUUUAUUCACAACUGUAUUCUCAAAAGAGAAGUCGUAUUUAUCGACAGAUCGACAGUGCUAUUUUAGGUAGCCAUCAUCCUGGUUCCUCUUUCAUCCACAUCAAGCGAUACCAGUGGCAUAACCAACGUGUCGAGCAAGUCAUUCCCAAAGACAAACUGUUGGUUUUUAAUAUCAAACAAGGAUGGAAACCGCUUUGUGAGUUUCUUGGUCGAGAGGUCCCAGACGAGCCGUUCCCUCGAGCAAAUGUUCAGGGAGCAGACGCUAAGAACUUUCAGGAUGCUCUCUUAAAGAAGAUUCUGCUGUUUAUUGCAUUCCUUGUUUUGUGUGUUUCAAUUGUUAUCUUGUUUACCAAGUUCUAGAAUAUGUAUGCGUGACUAAUGGUUUCUGAAUUGAAGAAAUGCGUUUACACUUAGUAAGCUUCAAGAUCUCAUCAGUGUAAGAGUUAGGACUACUUUACAUAGACAUUCUUAGCUAAUGUUAGGAGCAUUUAGUGAUAAAAUUUGUCGACACUAGUGAAACCGUAUGAUUAUAGUAUAUCAUGCUUCUAAUAGGGCCAGUUUUAUUCUAACAGUUGUCUUAAAUUUCAAGUUUGUAUUAGAAAAACGUAGACAAAUUGUAAACAAAAGUUGCGUGAUCUGACCUAUCAAGGGCCAGACUGUUCGUUAUA